CUUUGCGGUCGGCUAGUUUCGUAAACUUCGACCAAUUUAAUUGGAUUUAUUAAUGGAAUCUAAAGAUGACGAAUACUGGAAUGAUACAGCAAACAAAUCAUUUAAUUUCGAUGAUGAUGAGGUGGCAGUCUUGGAAAUUCCUAGCACUAACCGGCAAAGCCUUUUUGGCGAAGGCACCGCUUCGGAAGUGAAUUACUGCAGUGUUCAAAACGAACUUCCACUGCAUAUGAUCAUUUCCGAUGCAAAUUUAGCUGACGUGCUAGCGGAUCAAUCGCGAAACGAAAAGGCUCUGCCCAAAGGAAUAAGCCUGGAUGAGGAGGUAAAACUGCUCAGGAAAAAGUUGCAGCAAUUUAGCUAUGCUCCAUCGACUGGUGCGGUGCUGGCAAUGCUGAUACUAGGGAAGCCCUGUUCAUUGGAAAUGUUUCGUUCGUUACAUGAAAAAGAAGAACUACUAGACGAAGCAAUUGCUAGCGGGAACGGAAAUGCCAUUAUGAAGGUGGUACUCUUUUUGGAACGGACGCUGAAAAAGAAGCUUUUCUAUAGAUUGCUCCAGACUCGUCCCGAAGCUGUCAGUCAUUAUGUGAAUUAUAUGUCGAUACGGCUGAGGGUUACCGAGUGUACGGAUCUGCUGGUGUUCCUUGGCAGACAUCACGAAGCUAGCCUAUUGCAAUUUUCUAUCUAUGUUCGAAGCACAACAAACAUUGAGUUCAAGCGACAAAGAUUGAAAAAGAUCUAUGCUGAUUACUUUUCACAGCCUGGAGCGAAUGUCUUUUACGCUCAACUUGUAGCGAAUUACAUUAACCUGAUAGAGUUUCAAAUAGCUGAACAACAUUCAAACAGUUCGACAGUCGGUUCCAUUCUAGACAGCUCUGUGCUCAAUACGCUAUUCUAUGUCUGUGGAAAGUACAAAUGGGGAGAUACUUCACUGCAGACCAACGAGAACCCCUUCAAGCUGGUAGAAGCGCACCAGGUAGCUCAAUCGCAAUUUGAGUGGAUUGCUCUGAAUGAACGAGCAAAACGACAGGCUUGGCUUGACUUUGAAUACAUUUUCGAAAAGAAAGCGUGGCUUAUUCUGAAGCAAAAAUCUUUCAACAUACAUAUUCCGCUGGAUAAAACGAUUCUGCGUUUGUUUGCCUUACAUGCACCGGAUCCAGUACUGAGUAACUUUCUUGGUAAAGUAGAAGAUCCUCAGCGAAGAUUGGCAUUAGCGAAAAAAGUUAAUGCUAAAAAAGCUAUCGUUGAUGCACUGGUGGCUUUAAAGGAUCGUACUGAACUAGAGAGCUAUCGGAAUACUCUGGAUGCAGGAACAGAAGAGCGAUUUUACGCUGAAAAUGCCAUUAAGUCGUUGAAUAACAAGUGGAAAAGUGAUGCCAUUAAACUGAUCAAAUGAAACUCUCAGAGUUGACCUGUUAUACACUGAAUCAAACAGUAUUUAAUUAUAU